AUAGUUUGACCGGUCAAGUAAUUUACACCAUCAUUUUUGGCGCCGACCGUGGGACCGUUAAGGUUUCUUCUCGUCUAAACACAAACCUACCCACAAAAACACCACUCGAAAUGUCUUCCAGCCAGCAAAUCAACGCCACCUCUGCUCAGGUGCAAGCCACCACUGAAGGUGCCAGCAUCCCCAUGGCUGUUACCCUGCCCACCGUUUCUGCUCCGGUUUUGCCAUUGGGACUGGGCUCGGUUCCAACACCCAGCAUGGUCAGCCCAUUCACGGCCCCCGUCCCUUCCGCUGGGCCAAGGGUCACCUUUCCACCAAGCAUGACCCAGUUCAUGAAUGACCCAGCCAACUUACAAGCCAUCCAGGGCUUUGGCCAGCAGAUGGAGGCAAAGCUGGAGAGGCUGGAGAAGAAGGUUGGAGAGAAGAAUAACCGGGACAAACCCCUCGCAGGGUCCCCGUUCACUACAAGGGUCCAUCUGACACUUUUCCCACGAAAGGUCAAGAUAGACGCCCCAAGGUUUACCGGCAAGGAGGAUCCAGAAAUACAUCUGGAUUCUUUCAACCAAAGUGCAACUAUGAAUGGUUGUACGGAUGAAGAAAAGUGCCUCCUUUUCUUCCAAACCCUGCGGAAUCGAGCUACUGAAUGGUUCAACAAACUUCGCCCGGGAAGUAUUGAUUCAUUCAGUGACUUGGCCUCAAAAUUUAAGGCCAAGUUCCAGGAAAACUGUACUAAGAGGAAGAAAUUCACCUAUCUUAGUACAGCCGGGCAGAGGGAAUCUGAGAACCUCACUCAGUUCCUUACCCGGUGGAAAGAGGAGGUAGACAAGGUUGAGGAGAUGGACGACAAGACGGUGUUGUCCCUCCUCCUGAACGGCUUACGUGCCGGGGAACUAUACAAGGAAUUUUGCCGGAAACCCCCGGCCACGUAUCAAGAAGCCUACCAUACUGCAUGGGAGUUCGCCGAGGCUGAGACUCAACUCCGGGCGAAGAAGGAAGCCGAGCAUGGUUACAAGCCCAAGCCGGUGCAAGUCAAGAAGGAAGAAGUGCCGGUACCCAGCCGGCCGAGGCAUCACUAUGACCCGGUCGUCCGCGUGGUCAACACAGAGGAGUGCCAAGAAAUGAUAGACAGCGGAGAACUGGGCAAGGAUUAUCUACAGAAAGCCCAGGAGAAGAGUCAUCAAUGGGUUAGGCCAGCUAUCCCGGAGGAUGACCGGGACAACGACCGGCGGAGGAAUAACCGGCCGAAGGAGCGGCAACCUGUCCCUGAAAAGGAACACAUCGGCAUGAUCUUCGGCGGACCUGAGGGUGGAGACUCAGCCGCGCAACGGAAGAACUGGGUUUGCAGCAUUUACGUUGGUGAGGUGAGUACCGAACCGGCCAGGCGUAAGUAUCCCAGGAGGGAGCCAAUAGUCUUCACUGACCGGGACCUCCCUCCUACCGGUGAGGAUCACAAUGAUCCAUUGGUCAUCACCAUGGACAUCAACGGGGUGGACGUCGCCCGUGUACUUGUUGACACCGGCAGCAGUGUCAACAUCCUAUACCUGGAGACUUUCCAAAAACUUAGGUUGUGUCGGACACAACUUGAACCCCUCAAAACUCCUCUCUCAGGUUUCACGGGAGACAUAGUGGAAGCUGAGGGGUCCAUAGUUCUACCGAUCGAACUAGGAUCGGGCGAAAAGACCGUGUGGAAGAAAAUGCGGUUUAUCGUUGUGGACAUCAAAUGCGUCCACAACGCCAUCCUUGGAAGGCCUGGCAUCAACAAGGUUGGGGCGGUGAUUUCCAUGCCUCACCUAUGCAUGAGGUUCCACACUCCGGGCGGAUUCAAAAUUUACCAUGCAAUCAUCUUCAACUUCAAGCUGACAAACAACGAGGCAGAAUACGAAGCUCUGGCUGGAGGGCUCAGACUUGCCCAAGCCCUGAAGAUCGACCGGGUCAGUAUCAAAUCUGAUUCCAGUUUGAUCGUUGGACAAGUGACCGGUAACAUGGAAGCCAGAGAAGGGCGAAUGGCGCAAUACAAGGACCUGGUGCUUGCCUUGUUGAAAGGCUUUGAGGAAUUCAAGAUCGCCCCAAUCCCCCGGGCGGAAAAUGCAGAUGCAGACCUUCUCUCCAAAUUGACGCAGUAUGCUCCCGAGCAUGUUUCGAAGCUUGCCCGGGUAGAAAUUCUUGAUUAUGCCAGCAUUGAAAAAUUGGAAGUAGCCGCCAUAACAGGGGAAAGCCAGUCUGACCGGUCAAACUUGGUCGGGGCGGAUGACAACUGGAUGUAUGAUCUGAUGGAAUAUUUGAUGGAUGGGACCUUGCCGGAACAAGAUGACCGGGCAAGAAAAGUUAAGCUCAGGGCACCCCGGUUCCAAGUCCUUGACGGAAAGCUGUACAAGAGGGCAUUCGGGGGACCCCUACUGAGGUGCCUAACCAACCGGGAGGCUGAACGAGUCAUAGCAGAAGUCCAUGAAGACUGUGAGAGGUACGUUCAGAAGUGCAGAACCUGCCAGGUGUUCUACAAGUACCCCGGUAGGCCGGCGACCUACUAUCACCCCGUAUCAAAUGUCAUCCCAUUCGCCAGAUUUGGGGUUGAUAUCAUCGGAGCGUUCCCAAUUGCCCAAGGGGGGAAGAAAUUUGUAAUCGUGGCCAUCGAUUACUUCACCAAGUGGAUUGAAGCCGAAGCCUUGGCCAAUAUCACCACGCAACAAUGCAAGAAGUUCAUAUGGAAGAACAUCAUCACAAGGAGGGCUCACGGGGAAACUCCAUUUUCCCUAACCUAUGGGUGUGAAGCGAGGCUGCCCAUCGAAGCUGAAUUCCCAACAUUUCGGGAAUCAAAUUAUCAACCCCAGCAAAAUGAAGAAGAUCACUUGGCCGAACUCAAUUUGGUCGAAGAACGGAGAAUGGCCGCGGAAGUUAAAAUGAGCACAUAUCAACAAGUCGUAAAAAAAUACCACGACAACAAGGUUGGACCGCGAUACUUUCAAGUCGGUGAUGAAGUUCUGCGAAGAAGGGAGGCUAGUAGACCUGGAGACGGAGGCAAGCUGGCCAAGAACUGGGAAGGACCUUACCGGGUGAGAACUAUCAUUCGCCCGGGAACCUACCGGUUAGAAACUCUAGAUGGUGUACCGGUUGAAAGAACCUGGAAUUCCCACCAUCUUCGCAAGUUCUACAAGUGACUGUAAUACUAGGCAAGGCCUACUUCAAUUAUCAAUCAAAUCAAAGUUCGAUACUCUACAUGGUAGCAGCAGAAUUGAUAGGUCGAACCUAUCAUAGGAGGGCUUCCCGGGUGGAUCGGAUCCACUCGGAUAAGCCAACUGAGACACAGGCCCGGACCUGGCACGCUGGUUACUACACCGGUCUUGCUCAGCAUAAUAGAAAAAAAUAUAAAACCCGGAAGAGGGGCCCGGAAGAGGGUAUGCCU